UUACAUUUUUACUUUAUACGCAUUUGCAUCGUCGAAAAAAUUUCUUAUGCGAUACUGAAUUUUGUGACACACGUUUCAAGUACCGUAAAAUCAGAAUGAAGUGUGUGAUAUGCCAAAUACAAUUUACGAAUAACUCGGAUGUUUUCGUUACAUUGUGCGGUCACAUUUUUGACCGCGUCUGCAUCAUACAGAGUUUAGAAAGAUCUCCGGUCUGUCCAGUGUGCGGGGAGGGAUGUUCUAUUGACUCUAUACACAAAGUGUUUGUUACUUUUGACAGAGCUUUUACGACGAAUCAUUUUCAAGAACAGAUUGAGUCUUUGAACCACAAACUCACAUCUAAAAUUAAUCACAUUAAGACGUUCAAAGAGGGGAACAGAAUUCAGAAAGAUAAUUGUUUGUACUUGAUGAGUGAUAUUCAUGAAAAUGAACUACGCAAAAAUCGUAUUUACACUAGAAUUAAUCAAAUCAGAAAUGGAAUAAAUGAUUUAAAUGGGAUGGUGCCUUCACUAAGAAAGUCAAUUAUGAUUAAAGAAAGAAGAAAAUUAUCACUGAGAAAUUUAUUAUCAAACAAGCAUAAUUCUGUUGAUGAGCAUAAAAAGUAUAUAAAAAGUAUUAAAGCUCAAAUUAUUAACGAGAAUAUCAAGUAUGAUACCCUUGUAAAUGAACAACAUCAAGAAAAACAACAAAUUAAAAAUAAACUACAGAAGUAUAAAAUGAAAUUGGAACAAGUUCAGGUUAAUUUAACUGAAACAGCCACAGAACAAUGACUUAGAAGAAGAAUCAUCCUCAAGAACUUCUAAAUAUAACAUCUACUGAAAUGUUUGUUAAAUUUAGUUAUCUGCAGCUGGUUAUUGUACUAUUCUAUACCCAUUAAUGAAAAAAUUUCAAAAAAAAACUUUACUUCAUCUAUAUAUUAAUAACAUAUGAAAAGGUUCUCUUGCAGAGUUAUUACAUAUGUCAAUAAUUUGAAUGUAUGUUUAUUAAUUUUUUGAAUAUAGAUUUUUUUCUUUA